UUCGUGCUGCUUCCUUGCUAUCACCACCACCAAGUGCGCCCUCUCAAAAAGAAAAAGAAAAACAAGCGCGCCAAGAAGCCAAUGGCGACUCGAGCUCUGCUGCUGCUACGAGAGGCCCCGCCGUGGGCCGUGGCUGGCGCGGCGGCGGCCGUGGCGCUGCUGUGGCUAGCGGCCUGGACUCUCGAGUGGGCGUGGUGGACUCCGCGGCGGCUCGACCGGGCCCUGCGUGCCCAGGGCCUCAAGGGCACCAGGUACCGCCUCUUCACCGGCGAUGUGAGGGAGAACGCCCGGCUCAACCGCGAGGCGCGGACGAAGCCGCUCCCGCUUGGAUGUCACGACAUCAUCCCCCGCGUGCUGCCGAUGCUCCACAAGGUCGUUAAGGAGAACGGGACUGUGUCAUUCACUUGGUUUGGCCCAACCCCGAGGGUGAUGAUUCCAGACCCAGAAUCAGUAAAAGAGGUUUUGUCUAACAAGUUUGGCCACUUUGGCAAACAACAGUUUAGCCGUGCUGGCAAGUUACUAGGAGACGGGGUCGCGAAUCAUGAAGGCGAGAAAUGGGCAAAGCACAGGAGAAUUCUCAAUCCUGCAUUCCACCAUGAGAAAAUAAAGAAGAUGCUGCCUGUAUUUGCUACCUGUUGCGUCGAUGUGAUUAACAGAUGGGAAAAUUCAAUGUCUUCCGAGGGAUCUUCUGAGAUAGACAUCUGGCCUGAGUUCCAGAAUCUUACGGGCGAUGUUAUCUCACGAACCGCAUUUGGCAGCAGCUAUCAGGAGGGCAGGAGAAUUUUCCAGCUUCAAGGAGAGCUAGCUGAACGCCUUAUACAAUCAUUUCAAGCAAUAUUUAUCCCAGGCUACUGGUUCUUGCCCACCAAAAAUAACAGAAGGAUGAGAGAAAUUAAUCGAGAGAUCCACAAAAUUCUGCGUGAAAUAAUUGGGAAAAGAGAGAAGGCUAUGAAAAAUGGCGAAACAAAUAAUGAUGACUUGCUGGGCUUGUUACUGGAGUCAAACAUGAGGCAAUCAAAUGGGAAUGCAAAGCUAGGAUUGACAACAGAACAUGUGAUUGAGGAAUGCAAGCUCUUUUACUUUGCUGGUAUGGAGACAACAUCAGUCCUGCUUACUUGGACUCUUGUUGUGCUAAGCAUGCACCCAGAAUGGCAAGAGCAAGCAAGAGAAGAAGUAUUGAACCACUUCGGAAGAGCUAGACCAGACUUUGAGAGCUUGAACCGCUUGAAGAUUGUAACCAUGAUUUUGUACGAGGUCCUCAGAUUGUACCCACCUGUAGUCCUAUUAAGCAGAAGAACUUACAAGGGAAUGGAGCUCGGUGGCAUCAAAUAUCCAGCAGGCGUGAACCUUCUCCUGCCCAUAAUCUUCAUUCACCAUGAUCCCAACAUCUGGGGAAAAGACGCAGGCAUGUUCAAUCCAGAGAGGUUCGCCGACGGCAUUUCCAAUGCCACCAAGCACCAAGCCGCCUUCUUCCCAUUUGGAGGCGGUCCCCGGAUCUGUAUUGGCCAGAACUUCGCGUUGCUGGAAGCGAAGAUGGCGCUGUGCACCAUACUCCAGCGCUUCUCAUUUGAGCUCUCGCCGUCCUACACUCACGCGCCGUACACUGUGAUAACUUUGCACCCUCAGCAUGGUGCUCCAAUCAGGCUGAAGAAGCUUUGACCACGGUGAUCAUGCUGGAUGGCAAAGUCUCAAUACCACUACCAUAUAGUGACUGUACAUGUAUAUGAUGUUUAAAAUUCGACGCUUGAUCUGAAUUACGAGUGCAGAGUGUGUAUGAAUGGAGAAAUUGGUUGAUGUACAUAUUGCAGCUCUCAGUUUAAUUGAUGGAACAGUUAUACCCUGCCCAUAUCCUUUCUAAUGGAGCCGAGCUCACGGGGCUGCAUUUUCUGUU